AUGGCGGAGGACAGCGGAGCCGCGCCGCCCCCGACCCCGUCGUCCCUGAAGGUUGCUGCAGCUCAGGCAUUAGCAGAAGAAAGAAGAAACCAAAGUGGUGUUAGUCCUGUUCCUGUCCCAUCCCCAGUAAGCAUAAAAUCAUCAACUAAGCCAGUGAUAGAUGGCUCCAUCUUGCGAUCUGAAGAGAGACAGAGACUGGCUAGAGAACGUAGAGAAGAGCGAGAGAAGCAGCAUGCUGCCAAAGAAACGCAAAUCCUGGAGAAAGAGCGAAAGGCAAAACUUCAGUAUGAGAAGCAGAUGGAAGAGAAGCAGAGAAGACUGAAGGAACAGAAGUUGAAAGAGCAGCAAAGAAGAGCAGCAGUAGAGGAAAAGAGGAAACAGAAGAUUGAGGAAGAGAAGGAGCGUUACGAAGCUGUCGUUCAUCGUACCUUGGAGCGGAGCCAGCGGUUGGAAACCAGGCAGAAGAGAUGGUCGUGGGGCGGCUCUGUGACAGAUUCCGACGGGAAAGCAGAGACGUCAGCUGCAGCUGAAGCCAGCAAGCGGUCUACUUCAGCAGCAAACCUCAAGCAGGCUGAGACUGUCAUCAACAAACGACUGUCUUCUUCAGCAGCACGUCUUAAUUCUCCUAGCAAAGGCUCAACUAAAAGAAGUGCUUCAUUAAACCGAUUGAAUAACAAAGUUCCUCUGAAUUCUGAGCAGCCAGUGCCCAAAGGUUUACAAGUGGAGCAGAAAGGAGAAACAGAAAAGAAAAGGAGUUCAUCUCUGACUAGAAUGAGCACGAAGCCCCAGUCUUCUCCUGAAUUAGAAAAUGUGCAAAAGGAAGAAAAAGCCGCUCGCCGUUCUCAGUUCAGCCCUCUGGAGAGCCACGUGAUCAGUCGUCUGCUGGCCCCCACCCAGGCCUCCUUAGCUAGGAGUAAAAGUGCUGCCACAUUAUCGACUGAUGGCAAAGACCCCUCAGCUUCUAGCAGUUCCAUCAGUUCCCCGGUCCACGCUCCCAAAGUGCCUGCUCGCAGUCGUAGCUCCGACAGAUUAAAGCCAACUGCCUCCUCAGCCGAAAAUGUUUCUCUGGAAUCUGCACAGAAGCCUGAAGCAGCAAAGCAGUUCUCAUCAUCUACAGGGAGGCGCGCACCCUCACCUUCGUUUUCGGGUCCCAGACGGUCUCCUUCUCCCGCCAAUGUGGGUAAACGCCCUCCAUCUCCGGCUGCAAACAGACAAAAAACUCAUCCCAGUUCACCAAAUGUCCUAAGGCAACGCCCACCAUCUCCUGUGACAGUCUCUAAACCAGCACCAAUUCAGCGCCCGUCACUUACCCCAAAUGUCCUUAGUCUUACCAAAAAGAAAACAGACCUGGAGUCCAAGCCAAAGGAGAAGGCGGUGGAUGCUGCGGGACAAGAGCACGGGGGCCCUUCUCACCCCUCAGAGAGGGACGUGGCAGGAGCCGCAUCAAAGACCAAAGAAGAUACCAGUAGCAAAGGCAUUCCUGGGACCACGACCGCAGAAGAGGCAGCACGGAUCUUGGCAGAGAAGCGCCGUUUGGCAAGAGAGCAGAGAGAGCGGGAGGACCAGGAAAAAGCUCAGAGAGAAGAAGAGGAAAGGAUCAAAAAAGAAGAAAUGGCCAGGAAAGCCCUUGAGGAGCAGGUCGAGGCCGAGAAGGCUCUCCGGGAGAUGGAAGAAGAGAAGAGGCUGGAAGAGGAAGAGCAGCAGAGGCUGGCUGAAAAUGAGAGAGCCCAGAGAGAGCUGGAGGAGCAGGAAAAACUCGCUGAGCUUCAGCUGCAGAGAGAAGAAGCCGAAGCGAAAGCUUUGGAAGAAGCUGAAAGGCAGCGGCAGGAACGGGAGAGAAUUAUGCAGCGGAACAUGCAAGAGAGACUGGAGAGGAAAAAGCGAAUUGAAGAAAUAAUGAAGAGGACUCGGAAGGCGGAACAGAACGAAGCCAAGAACGAAGAUAAGUCAAACGAGGAGGAUGAAUAUGUUGAAGAGGAGGAAGAGGAAGAGGAGGAGGACUUGGGCCUUGAGAAACAAGACGAGCCUGAAAAGGAAAAGUUUGAUAAGACCUGCCUAGAAGACACCGCAGAGGUUGGGCAUGGCGAUGCUGCAUUUCAAGAGAAGCCGAAAGUGAAGACAGACGACGUCUUUGUGAAUGGUGACCAGCAGGAGGAGGUAGACCAGACAGAUGAUGAUGGGAAUUCUUUAUAUUUUACUCAGAGAAUAGAAGCCAGCCCACCAGCAAAAGAGACGGUUAUUGAGAAUUCUGAAAUCUUGCAUGUUAACGAAGCAGAGCGCUCAAUGGGAUUCAUGUCUAAUCUGAAUGGGAAAUCUUCUGCAUGGAAUUUUGAGGAGAUCAUUGAUAUCGGCCUGCACCCAAAGACCACCAGGCUCGAUCCAGAGAGCCUCGCUGCCGAGAAUCCCACCCAGAACUUGAAUGAUGCUACUCCGGUGCCUGUAAGCCCCAAGCUGGCGUUUGAGGAGGAAAAUGCCAUGAACUCCUUGACCAAACCCAUAGAGACCGCAUCAGAACUGUGAACAUUAAAACCUGGGAGCCUCUUGCGACAGCACUUCAGGAACUUGGAGUUUCAAGAAGUGAUGAAGGCCUUGUUUUGAAGAUGCUGCUUCUGAACCUUUUUGUCCACCUCCAUGUUUUAUGCAAAAGAAAUUAAUUAUUAUUAUUAUUGUUAUUAAAGCCCUACCUUGCCGAAGCUUUGCACCUUGAAACCUUUUCGGGGAGGCUCUUUCUGUGUCGCUUUACAGGAUAUCUUUAUUGGAUCUGUUUAACAAUGUUUCCUUUUUAAAUAUCACUUCUUUCCAUGAAAUGUUCACUAAAUUUCCGGUGGGUCCUCACAUGUUCCAGUCGAUGUGAUGUACAACAGCUUAUCCUGGAGAUUUAGCAACUGCUCUUCUGCGGUAAACAAAAUAUUUAAAAACUUGAUCUAAUGCACAUUAAAACCAAACCCAUUUUUUUUGUCAUGCGCUACUAGCAUUACCCCCAUAUGGUUGUUGCUGACAUGAGGCAUCAUUUACAGAGAGCUGGAUUUAAAAUGAUUGGGAACCCAGCACUGUGCUCCAGGUCAACUAAUAAUAAACUUGUGUCUCAGACUCUUUCUAACAUAAACUUGAUAGGAUUAAGAUAGCCUCUAACACUUGAAAGCUGUUGCUGCUCCUCACCGGGGGUGAGAUGGGAAAAGUAGACCCCGGCGUCUGGUGGCCCACUUGGGUUCUGCAGCCCUGCAAAACUUUAAUCGUUUGGAUAUCACCCUCUAGCAGUGACCCCAAGGCGCUGCCAUACAUGCUAUGGUGUGUAAAGACAUCAUGAAGCACAGUUAUGUCAAAGGACGAAGGGGACCACCGCCAGGGAUUCCCGGUGGAUGAUCUCCCUCCCGGCCUGCCCCUUUGGAGGCCACCAGACAAUGGAGCACCUUGCCUUCUUUAUCUCUACCCAUCUUGAAAACCGUACCAAACUUUCCCAUGGGUGGCCUUUACGUCAAGCUGCUUAGCAGUUUUUGAAUGAGUGCGGGUCCUAGCUGGGCAGGCAGGAAAGAGAAUCGCCUAGGUGGUUCCCCCCCCCCCAGCUGGCCAGUUGCUGGGUGCAGCUUCCGUACCUUUUUUUCGGGUUUGUGAAGAUCCUGUGCAAAGGAGUCCCACUGAAGGAAGCGACAGCCCCAGGGAGCAGCCCUUGGCGGAUCCUUCCUUUUGUGCCGUUGUCAUUGGUUGUGUUUAAACCCAUUAAAAUAAAAUCACCUGUAUUUAAGUUGAUCUCCACAUCUGUAAGUAUUGUUUUUUUUUCUGUGUACAUAAAACCAGUAUUAGACCCUUGA